AUGGCCGCCGCUCCGUCGCCGACCCUGACGUCGUCACCCCGGCCCGGCGCACCAAUGCCAAUGCCCUCAGAUCUAACGUUCCCCCAGGACACGAACCCGCGCCUGUCCAUCGCGACGCCAGUGCGGCUCAUGCUGGGAACAAUCUCGUCAGCAGUCGUGGGCUUCUCGCUUGGUGCGACACAGGGCGGACAGAUGGCGCAGCUGCGGUUCCGGGCGGAGCAUGCGCACAAGAUGCCCGACACGACGACAGGGUGGUACUUCUACCACAAGAGCAAGAAUUACCACGCCAUGCAGGGCGGCAUCCGAGAGGGCUUCCGCAUGGGUCUCAAGACGGGCUUCUGGAGCUUCCUGGCCUUGUCGCUUGAGAGCACGGUCGAUCGAUAUCGUGGGGCGAGCGACAUGUUUUCUACGACGAUAGCUACGCUUACAGUCGCCGGCGCGUUUUCUCUUUGGCAUCGCCUGUCACUCACAACCGCCGCCCGGACCGCGCGAUACGGGUUGUUGUUUGGUCUUGCGUACGGUGGGAUUCAAGAUGUGCUUGGCUUAGCCCGAGGCAGACCGAUCGGGUAUGUCGAGUUCUUGCGAGGUCGGAGGUCAAAGACAAGGGAAGAAGAUGAUGCUCGUCCAGCAUUGUGA